UUUUACCGUUUUUCCUCUUUCUGUCUUCCGCCGCACUGCUCUUUUCCCGGCGACCUCUUCUCCCGCGAUUGUUGCACGUCGUUGCUCUCCUCAACAUCUUCUCCGGAAACUUAGACUUGCGUUACUCGGUCGAGCGAUCGCAGCCAUCCAACCGUCGAGUAACGUUCAACCACAGCAGCUCCAGCCAUCGAACGUGGUCCGACGUUCCUAGGUCGGCAGAGCCCCACGUUCGGGGAGGAUAAUGGUAGGCCUUUCUCUAGGAGAGAAGCAAUUCAUACAUGGUGGGAUUGCUCAGGACCUCCGCACGGACGGUCGAAAAAGACUCCAUUACCGACCCAUCUCGAUCGAGACAGGAGUCAUUCCUCAGGCGAAUGGGUCUGCACGAGUUAGAUUGGGAGCAACAGAUGUUAUUGUUAGCAUUAAGGCAGAAUUGGGGAAGCCAAGCUCUCUACAACCGGAUAAAGGAAAAGUUGCUAUUUUUGUUGACUGCAGUUCGACAGCAGCACCAAUGUUUGAGGGAAGGGGAGGUGAAGAACUAUCUUCAGAACUCUCAGUUGCUCUUCAGAGAUGUUUACUAGGUGGUAAGAGCGGAGCAGGGGCUGGGAUCGAUCCCUCAUCCCUUGUCAUUGUCGAGGGUAAGCUGUGCUGGGAUUUGUACAUUGAUGGCCUAGUUGUCAGUUCAGAUGGAAAUCUACUUGAUGCAUUAGGCGCUGCAAUCAAGGUAGCUUUAAGUAAUACAGGCAUCCCAAAGGUCACUGUCAUUCUUGGACCUUCACCAAAUGACCAACCAGAUGUCGAUCUUAGCGAUGAAGAGUUCUUGCAGUUUGACACUACCGGAGUCCCUGUUAUAGUUACCCUGACUAAGGUCGGUCGCCACUACAUUGCUGAUGCGACUUUGGAAGAGGAGUCUCAAAUGAGCUCCGCUAUGUCUGUCUCCUUGAAUAGGCAUGGACAUAUAUGUGGACUGACGAAGCGAGGCGGUGCUGGCUUGGACCCAAGUGUUGUUCUUGACAUGAUUUCAGUCGCACAGCAUGUAGGCGAGCAACUGAUGUCUAUGCUCGAUUCAGAGAUCGCCGCUGCAGAGGCAGCUGCAGUCCAGGAACAAUGAUCUGUCUGCAUCCUCCAAAGUUUCCUCCCAAUCUGCAGGAGAUCGAAUGUUCGACUCAUUUCUUUUAGUAAUUGCUGUCAGCUUUACGUUUGAAUGUUGCGGAGCAAUUUGUAUCAUCUAAAUAGAAGUUUAGUACUGUAGUGCUCAGAUUAAAGUAGAAAUCUUGUUAAUGAUGACAAAAGGUAAAUAUGUUUGUCUCAGCGUCUUUGUCAAUUUGUCUCAGGACUAAUACGGAGGAGGUAAAUUAUGGGUAAUUAUUAAUUUUGAGAAUAAUGAUUAACA